AUGAGUUCACGAGCACUAAAAAAGCUAGCGGGAAAGAGUUUAGAGGACGAGUUGAAGAAAUUAAAUAUCGAUGUGGAAAAGAAUGAGGCAAGUGGAGCUAAGCCUGUGCAAUCUAAAUUUAGUGCCUUUGCUUUCCUCAACGAAGGUGACGAGGAGGAAAAGGAGGAUGAGGGGGACGAGGAGAAGCAAGAGGUGGAGAGUGUAAAGGCGGAAGCUCCCACUUCCGCGGUGACCAAAAAGAAGUCAAAAAAGAAAAAGAAAGCCAAAAAGUCAAGGUCAGCCACUCCUGUGGAUGAUGAUGAGGAAGAUAACGAUGAUAUUGACAAGAUUCUCGCCGAAGUCAAGCAGCAAGAAGCGAAACCAAAGGCAACUUUAGAACAGUACGAUUUUGAAGAUGAGUAUGACUCUACUGUGGAACCGUCCGGGAUUUAUGACUCCAACUUUAAAAACUUCACCACUGAGAGACUAAACUCGUCACUUCCGUUGCUAUCCAUCAAAUCAUUCAAGAAUCUAGAUCAGGACCAAGAGUACAAAAAUCUAUUUGGUAACUCAUUAUCUACCGAGUUGAUUGAAGAUGCAAACUCAACCACAUCAUUAGCGAUUUCUCCAGAAAUGCUCCAACAGUUCAAGAAAAUGGGUAAAAUGAUCAGAAACUGGGGUGGUAAAGAUAGGAGGAGCAUUCCAGGAACAUCACGCAAGUUGCUUUUGUCCAAGAUUAGAGAUGAUUGGUUUCCGACUCAGUUGAAAAGUGUCACUAUGGAAGAGUUGACUGAUGAUGAAAUGUUUGAGUUGCUCAGGUAUAAAGAAGAUGACAUUGAUGAUGCCGAUUUACAUGUCAAGAUAUCUAAAGAGAGGAAUCUCGGAGUGCGGUAUUUCAAAUUCAACAAGGUCACUGAUACAAGGAGCAGGAUCGCAAAUACUCGAUUUUACGCAUCUACUGUUCUCACUCCAGAUCCGGAGUCACUUAUGCAGUUGUUGCAACUGAACCCAUAUCAUCAAGAGACGUUACUUCAAGUGGCGAUGGUUUUGCUAAGGCAAGGUGAUAACAAAGCCACAUCAAAUGCCUUGAUUGAAAGAGCAUUGUUUACCUUUGACCGAAGUUUCCAUAAGAAUUUCCAUGAAUUGGUAAUGUCAGCCCAAAACGGGUUAAUCAGGCUACCGUAUGAGUUUUUCUCCAAUAGACAAUUUUACUUGAAUUUGUUUAGAUACAUUGUUUCCUUAGGAGAGAGGUCACUUUUUGAAACGGCAUUGACAUUUUGCAAGUUCUUGUUGAGCUUGAGCCCAGCGGAAGAUCCUUUGGGAACUCGUUACUUUAUUGACUUCUAUUGUAUAAUGAGUGAGGAAUUUGAAUAUUUGAUUCAAUUGUCAAAAUCGCCAUUGGUGACAUGUUAUACAAGAUGGUACUCCCCAGGGAUAGCUUUUUCUACGGUAAUUGCAUACUUGGAGUUGAACAAAGUGGAUGAUGCAGAGAGGGAGAUGCAAAAAGCAUUUGAAGCUUAUCCUUAUGUUGCAUAUAGGUUACUCACUGAUGUCGCUCUUUCUAGCGUUGCAGGUGUUAAAGAAUCGGACUUUGAAGUUACUCAUGAAGUUGCUGUUUGUGCCGAAACAUACAUGGUGAGAGCAAAACUAUUGUGGCAGAAACACCUUGACUUUUUGUCCACAAACUUGGAAAAACUCUUCAAAACUAAGCACAAGCCAGUACGUGGCUCAUUUUUUGGGUUCCUUAACGCCAAAGAGAUACCAAAGGAAGUCCCAUUCAACUUGAUUAGGUUUGCAAUCCUCUCCGGGGAAAACAAAAUUAUGGCAAAAUUGCCAAAAUCGGUAUGGAAUCGAGACGACUUGCUAGAGUUUGAUGUUUUGCCGCCAAAGGACGGGCUUUCGGAUUUAUUGAUUAAUUAUGUUGAUCAAAAUUUGCUUGGAGCGAUCGUACAAGAAAAUACUAGAGACGUUGGAUUAGAUGUGAGCCCAGAGGAGGCAGAAGUAUUGCGGGAAGUGUUUGAAGUUGUUCCCCAGAGGGAAGUAAAUCAAUAA